AAGGAUUGCGCAACCGGAACUACUAGAACUUCCCGUCCUGUCCUUCACAUGUUUCAGCUGCUAGCAAAUUGACCGAUUUAUUCGUCUUUUAUUUAUUUUUGACCGCCAUUAUGCAGAUAUGCAGUGUGUGCAGCGAGCAGACGCCGAAAUAUAGAUGUCCAGCCUGCAAAAUAAGAUAUUGUUCACUUGGCUGUUAUAAGAGGCAUAAAGACACGUGUCUUCCUGUUGAUCAGCCUGCACCCAUUGAUCCUGAAGCUAAGGAUGCUUUCAACCCUGAGCCCUGGACUGUUGAGGAUCUUCUGCAUGAAAAUGACAUCAUCGACAAAGUGCCUCUGCAGAGGCUCCAGCUGUUAGGACAGUCAAAAGAGCUAAGAGAUCUUCUUUGCAACCCCCAUCUGAGACAGUUAUUACGCUCCAUCGACAGUGCAGACAGCAAAGAUGAUGCGAUGAAGGCUGCCAUGCAGGAGCCACUGUUUGUUGAAUUUUCAGAUCAGUGUUUGAAAAUUGUAGAAAAGGCAAAAUCAUCCAAUGAAGCUGAUGAUUUGUAAAAGUGUGCCUGUUGGGAGUAUUUUGCUAUAUUUUUAUAGGGGGUGGUGGGGUCCUUUUUGGUUCUUUUUGUUUUUUUUUAUAAAAUAAACAUAAAAUAUCUUGAAAUAAUUCACUGUGGCACGUGUUUGUAGUCACUGUAAUUUUUGAUCUAACUUCAUGCCUGGUGCCCUGUCAUGCUACAGAAUGUAUUGUGUUCAAAUAAAUUUAUAAAUGAUUUCAAACAAUAUCAGUUCCUGAAUCAACACUGAAGGCAGUGUAGUUAACUAAAGUCACUUGUGGAAUGGCUGAUUACAUGUAAACAAAGUUUGAGGGAAAAGGAAAAUGUAUACGUACGCUUUAACACUGACAUUUAUUUCAACAAAACAAUUAUAUUAACAUACAAUAAUUCAAGUUCUACAUUGAUCCCUUGGUACCACUUACAAAUUAGAGUAUACAGAUUUAAAAUUUUAAACUGCCAUGGCUCACACAUUUCCAUGAAUCUAUAGCUGGAUGGAAAAGGAAUUAUUUAGUGAGCAAAAGAAGAUAUCAACUAUAAAUGUGUUGGAGCAAAAACUAGGAGGAUGAACGUCAGUGUUAAGUAAUAUAAAAAUUAUGAAUGAAAUAUUUGUUCAGUACUUGCAUUAAUGCUUUGGACUGGAGCAGAUUAAAAUCCACAAAGUUUUUUUAGUCAGACAUUUUGCAAAUGUGCAUAUUAUAAAAUACCCUUUAUCGAACAAAGAGCAGCAAUUUGAAUAAACCUGGAUUCAUCCUUUCCCUGUUUCACAUAA